AUGGCAAAAAUCGCUACAUCAUUUGUAAAUCACUACAAAUUGACUCCUCAAACUAGUUUACCCCAGCUUAGUAGUUAUACCGAAGAGUUGGCUAAUAAACUUUCAGAUGGUAAGACAAAAGAGCAGGCCCAAAAAGCCAGAGAUCAGGCUAAAAGACACUUCCAAGAGUUGGGAUUGAGUAAGGAGCAAGCUGAUACUCUUAUUCCUAUUCGAGCUCCUGGGAGACAUGUUGAUGAAAGAGAUCCCAUUAAAAUUAUCGCCCAAGAUAUUAUAAAAAAUAAUCUCUCACCUGAAGAAAUAAAUGAAAUAGCAUAUGACUUGGCUUCUUCUGCUCCUACUACUGUUGCUGGAAAUUCUCGUCUUAAUUUAUUACGGAAAAAUUUGCGUAGCUUAGGAGCUGAUUAUCUCAUUACUGAGGCAACAAAAGUACCCUUUAUUACUGAAGAAGCAAACCAGAUUCAAGCAAGAAAACGUAUACUUCGCGGAAUUAAUGGUUACGAUUGUCCCGAGUUCUUUUACCUGGAAAAGGUUCAGGAAAGACUUAACAAAUGUAAUAUUACCAAGCCUCCUUCAAUGCAAAAUCUAAUAGACGUAAUGAUAAUGCUAUGUAUGCGAUCGGCAGAUGUGAAAAAUCUUUAUAUCAAUCGAUACAAACCAAGUCGUGAGUCAUGGUAUGAUCCUGACUAUUCUUGGUACUGUAUUGGUUAUGCAAAAAAUAAAGGUGAAAGAUCAAUACCGGACAAAUUUCCCUUCUUGCUAAAGGAUAAGGAUGGAAAUACUAAUGUUGUACCACUUAAUCAAUUCUUAAGUCAGCAUAAAAUUACCUCAUUUAUAUUAAGAAAAAUAGGAGCUGAUCAUGCUUCCAGAGUACAUGGAGGUAAGAAUGAUACUGGCCAUCAACAUUUACGACAAUUGGCAUGUAGGCAUAAAAUAGGUCAUGCUUCAUCAGUUGAACAUUAUGGUGUAAUGAAUGACAGACCAAUUAUUCCAGCACCUAAGCCAAUCGUCCCUAUGAUUAAACAAGAAUAUGAUGAAAUUGAGGAUAUCUAUGACUUAUAUGGGAAUAUCUAG